GCCCGGGCCACGAUGCCGCAGUACCAGACCUGGGAGGAGUUCAGCCGCGCGGCCGAGAAGCUCUACCUCGCCGACCCUAUGAAGGCACGUGUGGUUCUCAAAUAUAGGCAUUCUGAUGGGAGUUUGUGUAUUAAAGUAACAGAUGAUUUAGUUUGUUUGGUGUAUAGAACAGACCAAGCGCAAGAUGUAAAGAAGAUCGAGAAGUUCCACAGUCAACUAAUGCGACUGAUGGUAGCCAAGGAAGCCCGCAGUGUUGCCAUGGAAACGGACUGAAGGGUUGGAAUGAAGACUGUCCUGUUGUCAGGAAGUAAAUGCCUUUUGAAUUUGAGACAGUAUUGGGACAAAAAAUACUUUAUGAAACUAAGUGGGCUGUUCAAAAGCUGAGAGAUCAUUUGUUAUACUUUCUUUUUACCGUUUACUUUAGGGAGCUAGGAAUGUAAAUGCUUUCAUUUAGAAAGCCUUGAUUUAUUUUUGGAAAUUGAACAAGGAAUGCAUCUAUCUUAGAAACAUUUGCAGAUUAUUUGAUGUUGAGCAAAAUAUAUAAUUAUUUCUCUGGUAAGUUUGUAUCAGUAAUUUGAAAACAAGCUAUCGAGAAAAGCUAGUUCUUCCUUAAAUUUAGUUCCUGUCUUUAAAAGAAAAUUAAAUGUAACCACUUUGCUGGAUUGGAAUAUUUCUUUUAGAGCAUAAAAGUUGUUCUGUGGAUGUCCAAUAAAUAUAAAAUAUGGUAACUGGAAUUAACUAUGCACAACAGUAUACCUGAUUACGUAUAGUAGUAUAGUCUCAAUAUCUAAAAGUAAUGACAGAUAACAAGUAUGCUUUACCUUAAACUUUCCAGAUUUAAGCUAUAUUUUCAAAGUAAGAGAUUUGUAGUAUCAUCAGCUUUUUGAGCAGUGACUUACUUUGAAUCCGGUUUUCAGUGACCAAAAACAAUAGCGGUUAUUCAGAUGCAUGAGUGGAAUGAUGAUUGCUAUAAUGGACUAAAACCACCAUAUUACAGAAAUAUGGAGUACAUAUUUCCCAUCAUAGUUUUUCAGAAGGGCUAAGGAUCAUUCAAACUGUUAAAUCUUCGCAUACCUCUGUGACACCCUAGCCCAUUUUCUCUCUUUACUUAACCAAGGUGUUAGACAUGACUGUCACAAAUGUCAAUGUUUUCCAGUAAACCAGAAGUGUGAGAUUAUUUGAUAUUUAUCUUAUAUUUGUAAUGUCAGUUUUACCACCUAAAUGUAACGUUCACAUGCUAAUUCCUCAAGAGUGAAAUGAAGGCACUAGAUUAAGAUAGUUUUUGUAGAAAUUUGUCAUGUUGAGCAACAUUUGAGCAUGGGAAGUUCCACUAGCCAUGUGAGUUUGUCAUGUUUCAGAGAGGUCAGUGAAUAAAGUGUUACAUAAGCAUA